GACAAGGGAACAAUGCAAUGACAAAACUGCCCCUUCAGUAUCCUGAGCUUACUUUGACUCGUUGUAAGAGAGUGAUCAUUCAUGAUAUAACAGUUCAAUAUUUCUUCUUUUCUAGGCACUCUGAAGUACCCCCACAGCUGCACUCUGACUGAGAGGACACACGAGGGAGUGCUACAGGACAUGAAAGCAGCAGUGAUGACUGGUACCACAAAGCAUGGAAUGUAUGGGCCGAGCCCCAUUGCACGACUCCAAGGAUUUGACUUGGUUUGGAGCGUAGUGCCGGACUACAUGCAUUGUCUACUUGAAGGUGUCACUAAACAGCUGACAGAGGCGUGGUUCUCGAGUACCGGUGCUGCAUUCUACAUUGGAAACCAGGUGACCGCCGUAGAUUGUAGGCUUGCAAGGAUAUGUCCCCCGAAUCUUUUUGCGCGCUCAACACGAUCAAUCAAAGAACGAGCUCUGUGGAAGGCUAAAGAAUGGAGGUAUUGGCUGGUCUAUUAUGCUAUGCCUUGCCUUCAUAGCAUACUACCGCGCGAGUACUUCGUGCACCUCACACUCUUGUGUCAGGCAACAUUUCUGCUCGUGCAGAAGACUGUUAGCAGGGCCGACAUCAGAGCUGCUGAAGCACUUUUAACGCGUUUUCUUCAACAUGUAUCUGCCCUUUAUGGUGAAGCUGCAGAAACAUCAAACAUGCAUCUGCUUAUGCAUUUGCCAAAAUCUGUGAUGCAGCUUGGUCCCUUGUGGGCUACAUCAAUGUUCCCGUUUGAGAGUGCAAAUGGUGUGCUCCUGCACCUUGUCACCGGUGCGAAAGGUGUCCCUCUGCAGGUUUCCGAGAGAUGGGUUAUGAAGCAGACGCUGUUAAGACACGGUGAUGUGACCCACCUCCCAGCUAGCUUUGACCAACUGUUUCGGACGUUUAUGAAGAUUCGGGAUGUUCCUGAGGACGGUGUUUUGGGCGUUCCACAGGCAGGCUCAAUGACAGCUGCUGUGCAUGGUCUUCUUGAGUGUCACUUUGGCCAGGUACCCACUCUUGAAAGGCAUUUGAGAGCAAGGGUACAGGGCUUUGAAGUCCACAGCUGCGAGUACACGCGCCCCAAGAAGACGUGCACACAGUUUGUAAAGAUGCGAGAUGGCACAUACUGCGAAAUUCAGACUAUUUACAGAAACACAUCAAGCAGUGCCAUUCUUUUUGUUUGUAAAAGUCUCAUUAUUGAAGACUUUGGAAAUGGUAGUGCCAAGUACUUGCACAAGUGUAUUGUGCCUCCCAAUGAGGAGAGUUUAGUUUUGUUCUCAUCGAACGAGCUUGAAGGUAUCUGCGUCUUCAUUGACCAUGAACAUGGACCUUAUUUGUGUGAUAUGCCUAACUUCUACGAGAAAGAGUAAAUAUAGACCGAGUAAAUCUACUACAUUCUAAGUUACUGGUUCAAGGAUUCCUUGUUAUGAAGAAUGCAUGAGCAAGGUACCAGCUAGCAUGAGUGCUUCACUUCGAAGGA